CAUCGGCGUUUCUCCAUCUUCAUACAGAAGCAAUAAGAUAGGUUGUGUGGGCAAACCUUAACAGUACGCUAACGACUCUUCCGCUUCGAGAAGCUUUCUGGUUUCCGAGUUCUUUCAAAGCCUUGUCGCGAAUCAUGGAGAAUCGUUCGAUCUCGAAGAAAAGGAAGUUUGUGGGCGAUGGAGUCUUCAGAGCUGAGCUUAACGAAUUCUUGACUCGAGAGCUCGCUGAGGAUGGCUACUCCGGUGUAGAAGUUCGUGUGACACCAAACCGAACAGAAAUUAUAUUAUUGGCUACACACACACAAAGUGUGCUUGGCGAGAAAGGACGCAGAAUCAGGGAGCUAACGUCCGUGGUACAGAAACGUUUCAAUUUCAAAGAACCACAGAAUGUUGAGUUAUAUGCUGAAAAGGUUGCUGUUCGUGGAUUAUGUGCCAUUGCACAGGCAGAGUCACUUCGGUAUAAGCUCAUUGGAGGUUUGGCUGUACGAAGGGCGUGCUAUGGAGUUCUUCGUUUUAUCAUGGAAUCUGGCGCUAAAGGGUGUGAAGUAGUUGUCAGUGGUAAACUACGUGGUCAGAGAGCAAAGUCAAUGAAAUUUGUUGAUGGCCUCAUGAUUCAUUCUGGUGAGCCAACCAAUGAAUAUGUGAAUACUGCAACCCGGCAUGUACUGCUCCGACAAGGUGUAUUGGGGAUCAAAGUGAAGAUUAUGCUUCCGUGGGAUCCAGUUGGCAAGACUGGUCCUAAGAAGCCUCUUCCUGACUAUGUGUCUAUCGCAGAACCUAAGGAUGAAAUUCCCCCGUUGCAACCGAAUUCCGAGGUAAAGCCGUCGAAAGACAUGCCUCAACCUACUCCUCUUGCUGUGUAAUAACAUUUGAAUAAUAAAUACAGAAAAUCAGA